GCACAACUUCUUACCUAUUAUGUAUCAACCAUCCAUUUCUGUUGCUUUGUUUUCCAACUUUGUUCAAAUUGUCCUAGGGUCGUGCUUGUCAAUUCAUCACCGGGGAAGAAGCCGCGUCCGAAAAAAAAGACAAUCCUAUUGUUCUCCCUCCCCCCUCCCUCCACUGAGACGCCGGGCAUACCUAGUAGAUGGUCAGAGUCAGACACGUUUUCAUCAACGAGCAUUCCAGCACCGCCCAAAGAGUGACCAGGGGAAAAGAACAAUGGGCAGUGAGAAGGGUACUCCGUAGAAUGGUCGCUGGUGAGACAGGAAACGAACGUGAUAGGAAUGACUCGGGCACAAGCCGAGCCUCAAUGACAUCCGCAGCCCACAGGUCCACGUCCACGGUCC